AUGGACGAAGAGGUGCGCAAGAUCUUCAACAAGUUCGACAAGAACGGGGACGGGAAGAUCUCGUGCGCGGAGUUGAGGGACCUGAUGGCGGCCCUGGGAUCGAAAACGACGGCGGAGGAGGUGCGGCGCAUGAUGGCGGAGCUCGACCGAAACGGCGACGGCUACAUUGAUUUGAAGGAGUUCGGGGAGUUUCACUGUAGUGGCGACGGGGGUGACGGGAGGGAGCUACGGGAGGCGUUCGAGCUGUACGAUCUGGACAAAAACGGGCUGAUCUCGGCAAAGGAACUGCACUCCGUGAUGCGGAGGCUGGGAGAGAAGUGCUCCCUCAGUGACUGCCGGAGAAUGAUUGGAAACGUAGAUGCUGACGGCGACGGCAACGUUAAUUUCGAAGAGUUCAAAAAGAUGAUGACGCGCUCGUAG